CGACGGCCGGGAUUUCCCAUCGAAAAUGACGCGAGAGCAGUUUUGAGGUUAUUCCCCGCGAUUUUUCCUAGUGCAGGACUUACCAUGUUGUGCGAGCUGAGGGAGCAUGUGGAAUUCCGUGGAGUAUGAGAAGGAAAAUUCCGCCGGUAAUUGUUGGUUGGAUACCAUCGUGAACGCGUACAGGAAAUACAAGAGGCGGCUGUUCGGGGAUUCCAGGAAAGAUAAAUUAUUAGAUUACACCGUACGUCCUAAUUAUAAACUAGUCUUCGCUAAAUACAAAGACGGGUUUUACAGACCUGGAUCGCUAGUAGAUAGAAACAAAAAAUUGAGGACCUUCAACGUGUACUUCUACCACACGAAGAAGUGCCUCAGCGUCCAGCCGAGGAACAUCGUCCUGAAGCACGACAACCUGCUGGAGCGGCGGGUGUGCUUCACGUGGGGCGGCCACAGCAAGCAGGGCACGGUGUUCGGCAACGACUCGCCCGCCAACGGGGGCUUUCCCUCCACCUUUUUCAUCAAAGGCAAGCGGAAGCCGAAGUGGUACAAGGUGAAUUUCAAGCACGUGUUCCUGUCGAAGAAGCAGGUGGUCAGGAUGCACGUCCGCGACGCGGGGAAGCGCGGUUUCGCUAAAUGUAAGGUUUGUAGGAUCGGGUAGUUUGUGUGUGUUGGGUAAAUAAAGGAUGUAUCGAGC